UGCGCAGUCAGGCCACGGCCUGAAUAUGUCGACCGACUGUGAUGCGGGGUAUGCGUGUAACGUACGCUGAGAACUGCCGGACAUGAUCGUCGCGAAUUCCGUCGGUUGAGAGCGCGUCGGUUUCGUGGUAACGCGCGAUACCGCAUUGGCGAGAAGCCGGGACGGCGGCGAUCGCUGCUGGGCAACGUAUCCGUCGUCCGGGGAUCGGGAUCGGGUCUCCGGAGGAGGACGACGACAACGAGCAGGAGGAGGAGGAGGAGGAGGAGGAGUUGGAAUUGGUUGUGGCGGCGGAGGAGGAGAAGGAGGAGGAAGAGAAGUCAAGUUGCGAGAGCGAGCGAGCGCCGUGUCGUGUCGUGCUGUGCCGUAUCGCGUCGUAUCGUACUUGGCGCGAGACACCGCACCGUGUCUCUCCUGAUACCGUAUCGUUCCGGGGGCGGUGAUCGUAGACGCGAGGAUUAGUCGGAGCGCAGCGGAACGUAGCGGAGCGCGGGGGCCUUAUGUCAAGUCGGUUCGCGGUCGGAAGGGAAGCCGCCGACGACGACGACGAGGACAACGCGCACCAACAUGAAGAAGUUAUUCUCGAAAAUCGACAACACGUCGAAGGAACCCAACAGCUAUCUGGGAAAAGUGUUUGUAGUGGGCCGACACACUGUCACCGUUGAGGAAGUCCUGGCGGAAGGAGGAUUUGCAAUUGUAUUUUUGGUCAAAGCUUCUGGUGGACGAUAUGCACUUAAGCGGAUGUACGUCAACAAUGAACAUGAUCUCAAUGUAUGCAAAAGAGAGAUACAAAUCGCUAGCAACUUGAGUGGUCAUAAAAAUAUCAUAGGAUAUAUAGAUAGUAGCAUAACUCACACCGGCGGAGGAGUACACGAACUUCUACUUUUAAUGCCUUAUUGUAAAUCCCAAGUUCUUCAAAUGAUGAAUAACAGGUUGCAAACAGGUUUCAGUGAGUCAGAAGUUCUGCAAAUUUUUUGUGAUGUUUGCGAAGCUGUGUCUAGGUUGCAUCAUUGCCAAACCCCCAUAAUCCAUAGGGAUCUCAAGGUGGAAAAUAUAUUGCUCGCCGACAGUGGCCAUUAUGUUCUUUGUGAUUUCGGAUCUGCCACUGGAAAGGUUCUUAACCCUGGUGUCCACGGUGCCGCGGUGGUCGAGGAAGAGAUCAAGAAAUACACUACUCUGAGUUACAGAGCGCCCGAGAUGGUCGAUAUGUACUGCGGGAAACCUAUUACCACAAAAGCUGACAUAUGGGCUUUGGGAUGUUUACUGUAUAAACUUUGCUACUUCACGUUACCAUUCGGCGAGAGUACGCUCGCCAUACAGUCUGGAAAUUUCACUAUACCGGAUAAUUCAAGAUAUAGCAAGGCUCUUCAUUGCUUAAUUCGAUACAUGCUCGAGCCGGAUCCCGAUGUACGCCCUGACAUUUAUCAAGUUUCCGUGAUCGCUUUCCAAAUACAAGGCAAGGAGUGUCCUGUGCAAAAUUUACACAAAGUUCCAACACCGACGAUAGAGUCAUUACCGUGCCCACCUAUGGAGUCGGAAAAUAUCAAAAGAUCAGCAUCUGUGAAAACGCCAAAGCCCACGCCUAUAGCAGCGGUUGAGGGCACAUCUGUGACACCAAGACAGAGACCAAAAGGCCAGGCCGUUAGCACAGGUCCUAUCAGUCUAAGUGGUCAGAUUGUGGGACAGAUAUCGGGCCAAGGAAACCAAGCGCAGAAUCCACCGGGAAAUUCCAUUUCUUACGUUCAAGUAUCGCCACAUGUUUGCACUCCCAGUCAAAACGUUCCUUUCGGUCAGUCACCGGGACAGCCGACGCAGUAUGGUCAAUCGCAGAGCCCGAUGAUCAGUCACUCUCCUCUAACGCAACAGUCACCUGUGACCGUUCAAGAUAAGAACUCAUUUUACUUCGAUUCGAGGCAACACGACGCACGAGCCGCGACGAACGUGAACGAGAAGAAUCUGGAGGCUCUAUUUCCACCGUCAGGAUAUCCGGAUCCGUUUAAGGACGACGCGAGAGCGAUGCCACCGCCUACUAAGAUACCACCUCUUGUGGCUCCAAAGCCGGCGAAGAUCCUUCCAAAACUUUCCAACCCCAGUUUCUCGUCGUCCAAGUACCCGCCAGUCGCUUCGUUACCGUCGAAAUUGUCCAUUCCUCCCACGGGGCCUAACAAAGCGGCUCCGACAGUCACACCGCCAGCUUUACCGAAGCCGGUCAACAAAACUGAGAGUUUGAGCCAAAAUAUCAGUUCGAGCACAUCUCCACCCGACAGUCCAACAUUGGCGUCCUCACGGCACAGGAGAAACGUCAGCGACACGAGCGCUUUCAAUAAAGCAUUUGCAACUGAAACCACUCAAUUCUUAGCGCCAUAUGAGGCUUCCGUUAAGCCACGUGCUGAUGAUACCACACCUCCAGAACUUCCAAGUGAUAUAAGGCCUUGUAUAGCAACUAGUGCCUCGCAUGUACGUGUUGGUGAACUUUCAAGCCUAAUAGGAUCAGAAGGGAGAUCAUUGAGCGCGGAUGUAGCUGCAUGGAAUCCGUUCGAAGAUGUACAGCCUUUUAAUCAGUUAACAGAGGAUCAUAUCUUUGGUGCUGAAUUCGAUAAAAUAAGAAGAGGGAGCAACACCAGUAUCAGUGGAGUGAAAAGUCGCGAAAGCCUUGUUAUGACGUACACAGAGUUACCAGAGGAUCCCUUUGAAUCCGCACCCUUUAGCCUGCCAACAGGAAAGAAGAACAAAAUUGGAUCAAAGACUGCUGCUAUUGCUGGAGGUAAAUCGGCGAUGAACGGCAGGUCGAGAGGGCCCUUGACACAGUGGAAUUCCGGGCUCGAGCAUCGUAACGGGACCAACGACGUUGCUGGCGUCGGCGUCGUCGGCGGCGGAGUCGACGGCGGUACCGGUAUUGUCGGCGGAGUCGACGAUGAGGCGUCGUUGAUCACGGAAUCGAGCCCGGUCUCGCCGCCGUUCGUGCGCGCCCCAGCAGAGGAUCGUUCCAAGUACGAAAAGCUGGCGUUCAACGCGGACGAGGUGUCAAGCGACAGCGACAACAAGGGCGUCGCGACCAAGGAGCGCGCGAAGAAGGCCAAGCGGAGACGAGUGAAGAACGUGUUGAGCCGCAGGAGACGAGUCGCGCACGACGUGAACAACGCGAACGCGGUGGAAUAUGAAUCCGACGACUCGAUCGGCUCAGCUAGCGACCUGCGGGCGAUGAACGAUGAGGAAGGUAAUCAGGACGAGGAGAACGACGGUGACGAGCGCGAACGCACCAUCGACGAGACCGUCUCCGAAAGCGUGCGCACAUGCGGCAGCUCGGCGUACCACGCGGAGUGCGAGUCGGUAGCGACGCACGAGGACGACUACAGGAUAAAGAGGCCGAAGAGGCAUUACCGGGAGCAGCAACAGCAACAGUUGCCUACUAUUGACGCCGACCCGAUCGUCGGCCACCAGUACGGCGAGAAGCCGUUGCUGCUCGACGAUGAACUGGACCCGGAGUCGAAGCCAGAGCAAUCGCAUGGCGACCCAUUCGUGCGGCAUCAGUACGGCUCGAAGCCGUUGCUGUUCAACGGCGACAGCUCGUCCGACGACAACGAGCGAUCUAAGUCGUUGAACAACGGUAUCUGGAAGCUGGAGGACGAUGUAUUUGCCAUGGCGCCCUUCCCCAGGUCCAGCAGCUCCAGGAAGAGUAGCGACAGCCGCGGCAGCGAGUCCAAGAACGUCGAUUUAGGUAGCGACAGGAACUCACCGUCGCACAACUCGAACUUGGUGACGCCGAUCUCCAGUUCGCCGGUGUCUGCGCCGACGGAGGUGUUCGUGGACGUGGACGCCGGUAGUAAGGCAUUGACUCCGAAGUCCGUUCUGUCCUGCAUUCAGUAUCCAAAGAGCAUCGCUGUUACCGGUGUCAGUAAUAAAGCCAUUUACGAGGAGCCUCCUGUGAGCUUCCAUCAACCCAUUCAAACGUCGCCGUCAGUCAAGAGCGGUCCUCACCGUGUCGGCAUCGCUGAGGAGGAGGAGGAGGAGGCAGAGGACGAGAAUGCCGAGAAAGACCUCUUCGGCUCGUCUCCGUUCAGCCCCAGCGGCUUCACCAACCCCUUCAACAACGUCCAGCCCGGCUACGCCGGCAUCGACGCAGCCACGCAGCCAGCCAUGUCGACGAUCCUCAGCUCCCCGGGCUCCACGUAUCUCGAUUACGCAAAUGUCCCUCUGCAACGUCCGCACAACCCGACGGACGCUUACUACGUCGCCUCUACUGCCCUCCCGACGGCGGUUGCAUCUGCAUCCAAGUUCGGCAUGGUGACCGUGAACCAAUCCGAGCCACUGGUCAGCGGGGAUACCUCCAAGGAUCUCUUCGGCUCCAUCCCAUUCGAAGAGUUCGCAUCGUUGAAGAUCAACGAGCAACAGCGCCCGACAUCCUUGGCAUUGUCGCAGUCGCAUUCUAGCAACUACGUCGAUAACGUGACUUUAACGACCGGCAGUGGAGGCGGUGGCAGCGGCAGCGUGCAAUCGCCCAACUCUGUGGUCCAUUUGACACCCACACCACCCACCGCAGCGUCGCAGCAAGUCACCUAUACGAUCCAACCGACUGCGCACACCGCCCGGAUCACGGUGCACGCGGUCAACAGUGUCUCCAAGGUGGACAUCGCGUCUGACAUGAUAUCGCCCAUGUCGCCCGAGCCGCUGGUCGGUCCUACGGAUGACGACACGCCGAAGCACAAGCGGGACAAGUCUAAGUAUCACCUGAUCAGCGAGAACCACGGCGACAUCGUCAACGUGCUGCCGACCAAGGUAUCGCACAAGACUAAGACUGUGAGUCACAAGAAGACACCGAAGAGCAAGAGGAGCACCGCGGCGACCGCUGGUUUCAGCAACAUGAGCUUCGAGGAUUUCCCCAGUGACGAGAACGAAGAGAAGCAGACGCGCACCAAGGUCGCGCCCUUCGAGGUGAUCCGCGAGCAGUCGGAGAAGCGAUUCGGCUCAUUGAAGAGGAGGAGCAAUCCGUUCACCUGAAAUGAGGUUUCCGCCGGCACCGGUUAACGCGCGCAAUCGUUUGUUAUUGGCGCGCUCGCGCAACGAGUAUAGAAUUAAGUUGAUGGAACAGUCGAUACGGUUCUCUUAAAUUCUCGUGGGGAUUACUUUCUGUUUUUUUAGAAGAUUUACACAGAGAAGUGAGAGAAAGAGAGAAAAAGAGAGAGAGAGAGAGAGAGAGAGACACGAGUAGAAAUAAGAAGCUGACAAAAAAAGACAUUAUGUGAGGAAGGUGUUGAUUUGUGCGUUAAGGAGUGAGAGAGAUAAAAAAGGAAGAAGAUAGAAAGUCCUCGUUAAAUGUCUAAAAAAUACCAAGGUAGGUGUUGUAUAUUUUGUUCGUGGAAAUUAUUAUAAUCCUUCGGAAUGAGAAGAUUCCGUUUCCUACUUUAUUUGGCAGACAUAACAAAACUUUUACACCAAUCUUUUAUACCAAUACAUUGUAGGAGAUAGAGAUUGUUGGAUUGAAUAACGUUCUGUAUUCGUAGCUGCGAUUAAAGAACGGCUGAGAGGAGUUAAUCGCGGUAAAAGAAACAAGAAAGUGAUAUAGUCAAGUAAUCUCUCAGGAACACCGGGAGAACACAGUCGACAUGCAGGUUGUUUAGAGAGCGCGUUCAAGGCGGUUCGCCUUCUUUCUUCAGCUUCGAAAAAUGCGCGAAUUUGUUAGUGGAGUGAACUCGGGGCGAGCGAAGUUUGUGCCCAUUUACAUAACCCGUUUCCGAAACGUACGUUUGUGAAAAAAUAUAGGACAAAGAGGCAUAUGGCGCAAAAUAAAUUUGCAAAAAGGCACAUUGAUUCGUUAUCUAUCUCAGUAAAAUUUUCAUCGAAGUAUAGCGGUAUUUGAUUUGUAUUUCUUUUAACGUAUAACUUGUUUCCGUGUCUUGACAUUAAAAAGUUUCAAGAUAGCAAUAUGUAUUUUAAAGGUUGUAGAAGCGAAUCGCGAAGAAAUACUAUUGUUGUGUGUGUAUAUAUAUGUAUGUAUGUAUGAAUAUAUGUAUGUAUGAAUGUAUGUAUGUAUGAAUGCAUGUAUGCAUGCAUGCAUGUAUGUAUCACGAUUUCCGGACGCUUGUAUAUUUUGCCAACUAUUUUUUCACAAACGUCGACAAGGCAAUGUGAUAGCAGCUCAUAUAGCUGCGUACAUUUAUAUCAGAAGGCACGAAUACACAUACAUACAGCAUGAAUAAAUAUAUUUAUACAUAUACAUCCACAUGCCUAACUGACAAAUGUGCAGUGAGUCGUAUAAAAACGUGAUUUACACAAGUCAGAAAGUAUUAAUUCAUAUACUACCACUUUUUAAUUACUUUUUGCAUUUUUAGAAGAUUUACACAAAGAGGGUGUGAGAAAAAGAGUGUGUGUAUGUAAGAGAGAGAGACAGAGAGAGAGAGAGAGAGAGAGAGAGAGAGAGAGACAGGUAGAGAUAAGGAACUGACAGACAAAAAAAGACAUAUAGAGGAAAAUGUUGAUUUGUGCGUUAAAGAAAGAAAGAAGCACUCUUUCCAACAUGUUUUAACCGAAACCAGGUUGUGGAACUUGGCAGCUUGAUACCAAAAAUGAUAAAUAGGUAGAGAAAGCUCGUGCAUCUAUUUUUGCAGCUAAGUCUUUUCGCUACGUUUGUACUUUAAAAUUUGUAGAUUUCUACUAGUAGUACAAUCUACAGUCAGCUCUUACGAAGCAAUUUUUCUCUAAGAGGAUUAUCUAAACUGUAUACAUACAUCUGUAAAAUAUAAUCCUGUUACGAAGUCUUUGCAUCGACGAAAGUGAAAGAGAGAAAAAAGAAGGAAGGAAGGAAAUAUGUACCGUGUAUUCGCAUAAACUCUCGGGAAAGAGAGAAAGAGAAAGAAAAAAAAGAGAGGUCAUAUAUAUGAACAGAGUAUUCCUUACGAAAAUUAUAGUAAUACAUAGUUCACAGAAGUCGGUGUUACAAAGGCGCAGAUAAUAGCAUUUGAAGUGUAACUCUCGUAACAUUCAUCCGCGUUACAAAAAAGAAAAAAAAAUCUGCAUAAUACGUCGCAAAAGAACACGGAUUCGCCUAAAAAGGAUUGGCCUUAUUGUGUAAAGACUGACUUAUCAUUUAACAGUCUCGAUUGAUAUUCAGAUCGCACAAGGUGGCUAUAGCUCUUUUAAAUAAUUUCUUACAAUUGGACGACGCGUUAACGCCAUGAUAUAAAUUUUUCGACUACGCUAACAACGCGACUUUCGCACCCGUAAUAAUCGAGACCGUUGAACAAGAUAUAGAAGUAAAAGUGUUACUGGUACAUUAUAACAACGGUACUAGUAAUACGUUUUUUUUGUUGGUGAGGGAAAAUUGGUGAGGGGAAAGGUUUACGGAGGGAAAAUCCAUCAUGAAUCCAUCUUCUCUCGUCCCCUUAGGGGAGGACGGAGAUUGUGUCGGACUUCUACCGGCUAAAAUCUCUCCGGGAUGCCUUCUUGGGGCAUAGUAGAGGCGCCGGGGAGCUGUUCAUUACAUUACUUCCCCGACGUCCCUACACCAAUAGUAAUACUAACAUUUACUUUUAUCGCGUUGCAUUCAUAGAUACAUACACACAGAUACGUUCACAUACACACUCACACACUCAAAAUGUUACUCAUGUAUACCGAACUCAACGAAGUAGAUGGAAUUUUUAUAACUUUCGAGUUAUCGUUUCAAUUAACUGUGAAUUUUCUACUGCUAAUACUGCGCCUUUCUAAUCGAGUCCAUGGACAAGAUCUAGUUCAGUGUAAAAAGAUGUGACAAUAUUAUAGAGAAAAGAGAAAUGUUUAUAUAAUCUAAGUGUUUUUAUGCGCACGCAUAUUAUACAUACAUGUAUACAUAAAGUGUAACAUAAUUUGUAGAUAUUAGCUCAUAUGAUUAGGUGCCUUCCUUUACUAAGUAGCGUUCGAAGCUUGCAAUCUUUGCUCUGUCAUGUAGUAUAAAGAGGAAAACCAAUAGUAUUAUAAGACAUAAACAGAGUCAAUUGUAUUUGUAUGUGUAAGGGAUAGCAUCUGAAAGUUUAUUUUCAGUUUAGUUCCUAUGCAUAUAUAUAUAUAUAUAUAUAUAUAUAUAUAUAUAUAUAUAUAUAUAUAUAUACAUAUAUAUAUAUAU